AUGUCAACGCUAUUAGAGAAUUUGGACCAGCAGUGGGUUCAAUCAAAGUUGUACGCUGAUCCUGAAGAUAGAGUGACACAUUUGGGAAAAUGCGUCGAAGAAGUACAUGAUUUUAAGAUCCAGUUGAAGAAGUUGAAAGCCCACUUGAUAAAACAUGGUUCAAGUCCACAGAAAAGACAAAUUAUCAAGGAAAAACUCUCGAAAACUCAUAAGCAUUGGGAUUCUUCGAUGAAGAAAUCGUUAAGUUCUUCCAUAAGCACUUACAAGAAGUUUUCAAAAACGUGCGUUAAGCCAUUGAACGAAUUUCAGUUGGAUUCGGUCUACGUGAAUCGAAUUAAUCCUCAAAGGUUACAGUACCUAGAUAGGGCAAUAUACACACAUAUUGCAAGGUACUACACAACAUCGGCUAAUGGGGAUUCGCCAGAAGAAAUGUUAAGCUAUUUGAACUCUGCGUACAACAUCCCAAGGAAUAUUGCGGCUGAUUAUAUAGAGAUGGCAAUAAUAAUCAAGGAGAUGCGUUCGGGAUCCUUGAACUCCUGCAUCAGAUGGUGCCAAGAGAACGGCCUAGAGAUGCUCAAUUUCCAAUUACAUUAUCUACAUGCUAUGUCAUUACUUUCUGAAAACAAACCUAUGGACUGUUAUUCAUAUAUCCAGAAGAAUUUGGCUCCAACAGUCAGUAAAUCUUCGCAUCUUCGCAUGGCAAAGCCCGUGUCUGCUUUGUUGGCCAAAAUCAUUAUUGGCGACACCAUAUCUUCGAAUAAGGUUCACAACUAUCUUGAAAUCUGCGUAGAGUGUUUCUCUAAACAAUACUGUCUAAGAAACAGACUACCACUACACUCUGCACUCUUCUUGGUCGUUCUAAGCGGUGUUAUUGGGUUCCAAGUUUUCACAAAAUACGAAGCUAUACGAAAAGUGUCCCAUGUAGAUUGGUCCACUGCAGAUGAAUUACCGUUCCAAGUCAAACUUCCAUCGUUCCUAUCGAACUACCAUCCUAUAUUCAUCUGUCCAGUCUUGAAGGAAGAAACUACCAAAGACAAUCCCCCUUAUUCUCUACCUUGCCAUCAUAUUCUUUCGAAGAAGAGUCUGGACAAACUAAGCAAAAACGGAACGUGCAAUUUUAAGUGUCCUUAUUGUCCAGUAAUGUCCACUAAAGCAAAGACGAAAAGGGUGAACUUUAUAAAACUUCCAUGA